AUGGGUCUCCUCCUUGGGAGAAGGGGAGGGGGAGAGGCUCUAGUGAGCUCUGUCUUCACAUUGGCUCUUUCAGACAACCCGUCCUCAAAGAAGUCCAGGAACAUGGCUGAGGAGCUAGGCAAAGCCGUGGAGAUCAUGGGCAAAGGCAAGAACGGAGUGGGCUUUGGCAAAGUGGACAUCACUGUCGAGAAAGAACUUCAGAAGGAGUUUGACGUUAAGAAGACCCCCGAUUUGAAGCUGUUUUUUGAGGGCAACAGAUCAGAGCCCAUCAGCUGCAAAGGAGUGGUUGAAUCUGCUGCCUUGGUCGUUUGGUUGAGAAGACAAAUUAGCCAGAAAGCAUUUUUGUUCACGGACACCCAGCAGGUGCUAGAGUUUGUGAAAUCCAGGCCCUUGGUCAUCAUCGGCUUCUUCCAGCAACGCUAUUACGUGGGGAUUCCUUACCCAAUUUCAAUUCCUUACCUUUUCAUGGCCUGGAAUCCAGAGAGACACAGGUUUCACUUGAUUUGGCAGAUCCUUUUCAUCCUUGUGGACGCAGAUGAACCCAGAAACAGACAUGUCUUCAAACACUUCCGGAUCACAGAGGUCAACAUUCCAUCUGUCCAGAUCCUAAACUUAAGCUCUGAUGCAAGGUACAAAAUGCCUUCUGAGGAGAUAACCUACGAAAACCUCAAGAAAUUCGGCCGCAGCUUUCUGAAUAAAAUUGCCAAGAAACAUCAAUCCAGUGAAGAGAUUCCAAAAUAUUGGGAUCAGGGGCCGGUUAAGCAGCUCGUUGGGAAGAACUUCAACAUCAUUGUCUUUGACAAGGAAAGGGACGUAUUUGUGAUGUUCUAUGCGCCCUGGUCUGAGAAGUGCAGGGCGCUGUUCCCAGUGCUUGAGGAGUUGGGCAGAAAGUAUCAAAACCACUCCACAGUCACCAUCGCCAAGAUUGACAUCACGGCAAACGACAUUCAGCUGAUGAACCUGGACCGGUACCCCUUCUUCAGGCUCUUCCCCACUGACUCUCAACAAGCUGUACCAUAUAAGGGAGAACAUACCGUGAAGGGCUUUUUGGACUUCCUAGAAAGCCAAAUCAAGACCAGGAUUGAGGAUGAAGAUGAGCUAUUGUCUGUUGAACAAACUGAAGUGAUAGAAGAGGAAGUAUUAGCUGAGGAAGAAGAGGUACCUUUUAUGGAGAAAGAGUCACCUGAGCAGAAGUUGCCUGAGCUGGACAAUGGGACCAAGCUGGAAGAGCCAGCUGGGCAGAAGGAAACAGCAGAGGAGAAGGUGGCUAAGCCAAAAGGACCUCUAAGACAAGAGAGGAAACCAAGAGUUAAGGAUGAACUGUAGCUUCUCCAAAGCCAGGAGGGAAGGUGCCCAUUUUCCAGGUCCUGGCAUCAUUUACUGAGUGGAUCUACUCCAAUAAAAUUAUAUAUCAUUGUGGUGGGUG